CGUACCCCGGCCCCGCCCCCUGGGCCUUGCGGGUUUCCAGACCAAGUCCUGGAGGUCGAAGAUGGCGCUGCUAGGCCCGGUCUUCCUUGUUCCGGGCCACGGUCCUCGGCGGUUUUUCAGUUAUGGAACAAAAAUAUUGUAUCAAAACAAUGAAGCUUUGCAGUCUAAAUUCUUCCUACCCCUUCAAAAAGCCAUGCUGCCACCUAAUAGCUUUCAAGGAAAAGUGGCGUUUCUCACUGGGGGAGGUACUGGCCUUGGUAAAGGAAUGACAGCUCUUCUGUCCAGCCUAGGUGCUCAGUGUGUGAUCGCCAGCCGGAAGAUUGAUGUUUUAAAAGCGACUGCAGAACAAAUUUCUUCUCAAACUGGAAAUAAGGUUCAUGCAAUUCAGUGUGAUGUGAGGAAUCCUGAAAUGGUGCAAAACACUGUGUCGGAAUUGAUCAAAGUUGCAGGACAUCCUGAUAUUGUGAUAAACAAUGCAGCAGGGAAUUUUAUUUCUCCCACUGAAAGACUCUCUCCUAAUGCUUGGAAGACCAUAACUGACAUAGUUCUAAAUGGUACUGCCUAUGUGACACUAGAAAUUGGAAAGCAACUAAUUAAAGCACAGAAAGGAGCAGCAUUUCUUGCUAUUACAACCAUCUAUGCUGAAAGUGGGUCAGGUUUUGUAGUACCAAGUGCUUCUGCAAAAGCAGGAGUGGAAGCCAUGAGCAAGUCUCUUGCAGCAGAAUGGGGUAGAUAUGGACUGCGAUUUAAUGUGAUUCAACCAGGGCCUAUAAAAACAAAAGGUGCCUUUAGUCGUCUUGACCCAACCGGAACAUUUGAGAAAGAAGUGAUUGCUAGAAUUCCUUGUGGUCGGCUAGGAACUGUGGAAGAACUUGCAAAUCUUGCUGCUUUCCUUUGUAGUGAUUAUGCUUCUUGGAUUAAUGGGGCAGUCAUUAGAUUUGAUGGUGGAGAGGAAGUAUUUAUUUCAGGGGAAUUCAACAGUCUGAGGAAGGUUACCAAGGAGCAGUGGGACAUAAUGGAAGGACUCAUCAGGAAGACAAAAGGCUCCUAAGACCGCUCUGGCCUUCAUCUUGGUUACAAUGGAAAUGAUGCAAUCUAUGAUCUUUUGAAUUAUUUUCAAGUCUAAUAAAUUGUUAAUUAACAAA